GGUGACAAAAUGUUGCCCGGAACAAGUGCAGCACGGUGCGUCGGUUCACACAUUCGCCGAUUUUCCCACAGCGGUCAAUGGCCGCGGGUAAUGGUCGCUCGCACAUGCCCGCAAAUUAGUUGCUCGGUGCCAAAGAAAAUGUUCGACAUCCGGCAAGACGCAUCUUUUCGUAUGGCAAGUGUAAACAUUCGCGGCUUCGCCACUACCGCCCCGAACGACUGUGGAGGGAAUCGGUUUGCACCGGCCUGCAUAGAACCGCAGCUGGUGGCCACCACUGCGGACGUUGACGAUCUGCCAAACCAUCCGGAGAAGCUGCUGAUCGAUGUACGCGAACCGUCCGAGCUGGCCGCGACCGGUCAGAUACCGACCAGCAUCAACAUUCCGCUAAAAACCGUGCGCACUGAGCUCAGCCUCAGCCCGGAGGAAUUCGAGAAGAAGUAUGGCCGGAAAAAACCAGCUACGAAUGAUCCGAUCAUCUUCAGCUGUCGCUCGGGCGUUCGCUCAGGGCAGGCAUCUUUCGUGGCCGACCAGUUGGGCUUCAAGAACGUGAAGAACUACGUCGGAUCAUGGUUGGAGUACGCAGCAAAGCAUGACUUGCCAGUUUAAGCUGUAGCAUUUCCUUCUCGUUUUUUGGUGUGUAAAGAGAAUACAUGUUGCCAAGGCAACGAUUGCGACGGAAUCCAAAACAUUCACGUUCCCAUGUUUGACAAUACGGCAAGCGUAGGCUUAGUCGUGUGACCAAAGUGCCAACGGGAACAUCUCUUUGCA